AUGAAAUUCGUCAUUGUAUUUUUCGCCUUAUUCGCUGUUGCCUUAGCAGCACCACAAAAGGACGCAGAAACCGUACGUUAUGAUUCGCAGGUUGAACCAUUGAGCUACCAAUACAGUGUGGAGACCAGUGAUGGAAAAGCGGCCCAAGAGCAGGGUACAGUGGAAGAUCUAGGUAGCGAGGAUGAGGCCAUCGUGGUACGUGGCUUCUACUCUUACGUAGGCGAUGAUGGUCAACAAUACAGAGUGGACUACAUUGCUGAUAAAAACGGAUUCCAACCCCAGGGUGCCCAUAUCCCUGUUGCUUAA